CAGGGAAGUAAAUUACCAACUUAUAAUGAUGCAAGUGAAGAAGUGAGACUUUGUGGGAAACAAUAUGAAGGGGUAUUAGCACGUAGACUACCAUGAAGAAGAAAGGUGAUGCGUUGGUCGUAGUUGCUAUCGAUUUUGGCACAACUUAUUCCGGAUAUGCCUAUUCGUUCAGGGCCGAAUAUGAGAAAGAUCACACUAAAGUUUAUAGCAACAGUGAUUGGAGAUCUGGAGACGGACUUGCAACAACAAAGACACCCACAGUCAUCCUUUUCAAUGAAGAUAAACAGUUCUGUAAAUUCGGAUACGAAGCAGAGGCGAAAUACAAUACUUUACUGGAAGAUGAAAAGGCAGAAGGAUGGAGAUAUUUCAGAAGAUUUAAGAUGAGAUUGUUUCGAGGAGAGGAGAAGAUACUUGAACGUACAAGAGUAGACAAAAUAACCAAGAAUUUGAUGAUAGAAGACGAACAAGGAAAACCGAUGUCAGCUCUGAUUGUUUUUGCUGAAUCUAUCAAGUAUCUAAAGAACGAAUUCCUGCAAAACACACAGGUGCAAGGUUUGAAGUUCGACCCUAAUAAUGAUAUCCACUGGGUGUUAACAGUCCCAGCAAUAUGGACAGACAGGGCUAAGCAGUUCAUGAGAGAAGCUGCAAAACAGGCUGGUAUUCCAGAUGAUAUGUUGACCCUUGCAUAUGAACCAGAGGCUGCUGCUUUAUACUGUAAGGAAUUGACUGUACAGAAAAAAGAAGGAGCAGAAUCAAGUUCAUUAUCAUCGUUUGAACCAGGGCAACAAUUCCUUGUUCUAGAUUGUGGAGGUGGGACAGUAGAUGUGACAGCCUAUCAAGUUCAAAAUGAUGGCGAUCUUAGGGAACUUCAGCGACCAACUGGUGGACCAUGGGGUGGUACAUACGUUGAUAAUCAAUACACGACCUUCCUCAAAGAGCUUUUUGGUGCUGAUAUAUGGAGCGAAUAUUCAAAAGAGAAUCCUGAAGAUGUUUUAGAAAUUCAACGAAGGUUUGAAGCAAAAAAGAAAAGUGUUAAUGCCUCAGCUGAUGACCAGACAACAAUAUCAUUUCCCUCUUCUCUUUUUGCGAAAUAUCAGAUUGCUAAGAAUUGUUCAUCUUUUGAAGAAAGCAUUAAAAAAUCAGAAUUUGCAAAAACGAUUAAAGUUAAAAAAGACAAACUAAGGUUUGAUCACCAGCUUGUUAAAGCAUUUUUCCGGGUGCCAAUAGAUUUCAUAGUAACUCACGUUAAAGAAAUUAUUAAUGAAAGUAAAAAGAAAGGAAGAGAUAUAAAGACCAUUCUAAUGGUUGGUGGCUUUUCAGAUUCCUCUAUUUUAAGCCAAAGAAUUAUAUCCGAAUUCAAACGGAUAACAGUGAUAUGUCCCACAGAAGCUGUAAAUGCAAUCGUUAAAGGUGCAGUUAUUUUUGGCCAUAAUCCAAAUUUGAUUUCCGAGCGCAUUUCACCUCUUACAUAUGGAAUUAGUGUUAACACAGCAUUUAACAAUAAAGUCCAUCCAGCGAAACUGAAGGUUAUAUACGAUGGAAAGGAGAUGUGCACUGAUAUUUUCCAGCCGAUUGUACAAAUAGGACAUCCAAUAAGGGUUGGAAAGGAAAUUUUCAAACAUACAUGUUUGCCUACUCGUGCACUUGAUACUGAAGCCACAAUUGAAAUUUAUGAAAGUAGCAGCGAAUGUCCGAUGUAUACUAUUGACAAAGGAGUUCGACGACUUGGUGAUUUAACAGUGUCCAUUCCGGAUACAUCAAAAGGCAAAAACCGUCCUAUCAAAGUUGAGGUUUCAUUCGGGUAUACUGAAAUAGUAGUAUGUGCAUUUGAAGAAGGAACUGAAACGCAGACUACGGCAACCUUUGAUUGUUUGCUAAAUUGACACAUUAUGUGCAGAAUAUGCAUG